AUGGCGUCGCCGCAGCCCGUGUCCGUGGUGACGGGCGAGGCUGAGGGCGGUCGAGAGGCGGCGGCAUCCUCGACUGGCCGCUCGACGGGCAAGUCGCUGGAGUUCACGCUGCGGCAGUACCCCUGCGCGAAGAUGAAGCUGGACCAGUUCUUCCUGGAGUGGCUGUCCAUGCCCGAGUAUGAGAAGGUCAUCCUCACCGUGCUGGACAACGCCAGCAAGGGCAAGCAGCUCAAGGCGGGGAUCGAGGAGGCCUCCAAAGUGGGCCCGGUGGCCGUGGCGUCCACCAGCGUGCCGCCCUCCUCUCCCACCACUGCUCCUGCGGUGUCGUCGCCCAGGAAGGCGGCCUUGUCAUCCCAAAAGUCAGCACCACCCAGCAGCCAGUCCAGGCCGCCCAGCCCCGCCCCCAAGCCAGCGGACGCCGCGGAGACCAUACCGCAGUUCUACUUCCCCAAGGGGGUGCCGCUGCCAGACAGCGUGGAGGCGGAGCACCAGGCAAAGCUGGAUGCCCUGUUCAGCGGCGCCCCGGAUGGCCUGCCUGCAAAGGAGUUUGUGAAGGUGGUGAAGGAAGUGGUGGAGCUGCCGGGCUUCAUGGCCUACCAGCUGUUUGCCAAGCUCAAGGCGGGGGUGGCUGCCAACACGGCCCUGGUCAAAAGAGACGAGUUCGAUGAGUGGUGGGGGUCCAACUACAUCGCCUCCAAAGACCCUGUGUCGCGGCUGUACGAGAUCCUGUGCACCAAAGGCAGUGACUACCUGGUGCAUGCGAACUUUGAGCCGCUGCUGAGGGCCGUUGUGGACCACCAUCCAAGUCUGGAGUUCCUGUCUGACCACCCCGAGUUUCAAGACAGGUACAUGGAGACGGUCAUCUACCGCAUAUUUUACAACCUGAACCGAUCAGGCACUGGCAAGUUGUCUCGGAGGGAGCUGAAGCGUAGUGACUUCCUCGAUGUCCUGGAGCAGCUGGACAGCGAACCCGACAUUAACAGGGUCACCCGGUACUUCUCGUAUGAGCACUUCUACGUCAUCUACUGCAAGUUCUGGGAGCUGGACACAGACCAUGACUUCCUGCUUGACAGGGAGGACCUGGUUCGGUAUGGCUGCCACAGCCUGACGUACCAGAUCGUGGACCGCAUCUUUGACCAAGCACCAUACAGGUUCUUCAGCAGGGUGCCGGGCAAGAUGAGCUACCAGGACUUUGUGUGGUUUCUUUUGUCGGAAGAGGACAAGACCACGCAGCCCAGCCUGGAGUACUGGUUCAAAUGCAUUGACUUGGACUGUGAUGGCGUCUUGGGCCCAUACGAUUUGCGGCCAUUCUACGAAGAACAGCUGCAACGCAUGGAGAACUCUGCAUGCGAGCCUGUCAUGUUUGAGGAUGUUAUGUGCCAGCUGCAUGACCUCAUCCAGCCCCAACACGAGGGCUGGUUUACUCUCAAAGACUUGCAAAUGCGACGAGAGAGUGCAGGAGUGCUCUUCAACAUUCUGUUCAAUUUGCACAAGUUUCUUGCAUUCGAGCAUCGAGAUCCAUUCAUGAUCCGUGCAGAGCAAGAGAACAAGCAGUCGGAUUGGGACCGAUUCGCACAGCAGGAGUACGACAUAUUAGCAGCUGAAGAUGAGCAAGAGGUGUCCCUAAGGGAUGGCACUGAUGUGCUGGCAGCAUCCAUAUCGGACAAUUUCUGA